AUACAAGAACAAACCCCUUCCUUUAUGAAAUUCGCCCUGAUUCUACUCUGAACUCGUCGAGUCUCUUUGUCUCUCCAAGCAAUCGGCGGGAGUGGAAAUUUGAAGGAAUUCGGCUCAUAUCAUUAACAGGAUCACUUGUUAGCCUUCAUUGGCAAUGUCUGUGUCCCGAUCAAGGAAUGUUAUUCUUGCGACAGGCUUACUAGCUUUUGCAGCUGCAGGCUUGGCAUUUCCCUACUACUUGGUGGCCUUGAAGAGCAAGCCGGUGAUUGAUUCAUCAAAACCACUGCCGCCCCAGGCAAUAAUUCGAGGGCCUUACUUAAACACUGGUUCGCAUGAUAUUGGACCUGAUCACCGGGAUUACCGAAAGAAGUAGUUUUAUUUUGUGAAAAGAUAUUCCUUUGGAUGAGACUGGUUUAAGGUAGCAUCGAUGGUUGCUAUUAAUGUCACUGUUUCUUUUGUAUCAGUUUCACUAAAGGUACACACCAUAUGUUAUUCUCUUGAGAUUUGGUGAAUGAAAUAAAGGUACACCCAUUGAAGCUGGCUUUCAGCUGCUCCA